UUGCGGCCCUCUUCUCCGCGUUUCCCCCCAGUCUCUUUCACCCGUCCCUCCUUCUCUUUCUUCCCCAAGCUGAGCGGCAGCGCACACACAGGCCAAGAAGAAAUGGGCGACCGGGCGUACGCGCCGUCCUCCAAGCCGGUCCCCGUGGCGGCGCCGCGGGCGGCCAACGGCACGGCGAACGGCGGCGGCGGUGGGGCCCCGCCUCGGCCUCCGCCCAUGGUGCCCGGCCGCGUCCCUCCCCCGCCCAUGUACCGGCCGAAGCCGAUGCAGCCGCCGCCCCGCCGCCGCCGGAGCGGGCGCGGGUGGUGCUGCGCGUGCUGCCUGUGGCUGACGCUGGUGCUGGUGGGGCUGGUGUUCCUGGGCGCCAUCGCCGUGGGGGUGUUCUACGUGAUGUACCACCCUCAGCCGCCGACCUUCGCCGUGACCUCGCUCCGGCUGGCGGCGCUGAACGUCUCCGACGCGGACUCCGUGACCUCCCGCAUCGAGUUCACGGUCACCGCGCGCAACACCAACGAGAAGAUCGCCUUCGCCUACGGCGACAUCGGGUCCGCCUUCACGGCCGACGGCACGGACAUCGGGGACGGCACCGUGCCGGGCUUCGUCCACCCGCCAGGCAACAUCACCGUCAUCAAGGGCUCGGCAUCCGCCACCGCCGCCACCGUGGACCCCGUCCAGGCGGCCAGCCUCAGAUCCAAAAAGUCCCACGCCAUGUCAGUGGAGAUGGACUCCAAGGUCGGGUUCCAGAUCGGGCGGUUCAAGUCCAAGCGCAUCAACGUGCGCGUCCUCUGCUCUGGCUUCUCCGCGGGGCUCGCCAAGCCAGCGCCCUCCCCUGAGCCGAUCAUCGUCGCCGCCGCGCCCGCGCCGAUCCGGUCCAAAAUCAGGCUGUCCUCUUCGUCCUCCUCCUCUGCAGGCGGCGGGACGACGACGGACGCAAAGUGUAAGCUCCGCGUCAAGAUCUGGAUUUGGACGUUUUGAUGGGCGGAUGCGUUUGGGGGUAGAGAGAAGGAGCGAGAUUUUUUUUUUCUUCUUUCGUUUUUCACACUGUAUGUGGAUUUAUUGGAGUAUAGUUUAUAUGAUUUUCUUUUCCUUUUGCUUGCUUA